AGAAGACCACCAGACCAGAAAUCACAUAACGACAGAAGUAAAAGACGAAGAAGAAGCAACAGGAUAUAAAUACAGAGUGUUUGUUUGUUGUUUUUCGGGUCUUUUAUCAUCAUGGCGCGCGCUGCCUGGACAGAUAAAGUUUUACAGCUGCUCGGCAGAAUGAAUAACUUUUACUCGGCAGGCUCCUGUCGGGCUAGCUGUCUGCGGUUUGAGAUUAGUGGACUCCACGUGGGCUGGAUCCAAACUCAGGUCGCGUCUCUGCUGUCGCGAUAUCCGGGUGUGUUCACCCUGACGCAUGGGGGUGCUGUGGAGCUACACAGCAGUCUGGACUCCUACAGAAAGCGCUCCGAGGCUGUGGAUGCUGUCCUGCGAGCCGUGAGACAGGAGGACUCUGUCAGAUGUCUGAGAGGAUGGAGGGAUGAGAAAUUUCCUGUCAUGCCGAAGUUCUCGGAUGCUCCUUUGAUGUGGAUGGAGAGAGCAGCUACAAGUCUCUUUGGGGUGAAGCGAUAUGGAGUCCAUAUUAAUGGUUACAUCGUCAGUGAAGCUGGAGACGUCUUCAUGUGGCUGGCACGGCGCGCCGCCACAAAGCCCACCUACCCCGGACGACUGGACAACCUGGUGGCAGGUGGUCUGGCAGCCAGAGUUGGCAUCAGACACACUGUGAUCAAGGAGUGCCAGGAGGAAGCCUGCAUCCCAGCAGACCUCGCUGAGACAGCACGUCCUGUCGGCUCCGUGAGCUACACCUACGAGGAUGAUGAGGGGGUCUUUCCAGAAAGCCAGUUUGUCUUUGAUUUACGACUUCCUGUUGGCUUCAAGCCCAGAAUUGGAGACGGGGAGGUGCAAGACUUCUGCCUGUUGCCAGUCAGUGAGGUGAAGGAGCUUCUGGCCACUGAUGAGUUCAAACCCAACUCUGCCUUGGUGGUCCUGGACUUCCUCAUCCGGCAUUCGUUUAUUGAUCCAGACACAGAGCCGUUUUAUCAGGAUUUUGUGGCGGCGCUGCAUCAUGGUUUAUAGGAUGAAGUUAAGAAUGGUGCCUCUGAUGCCGCACGGUGUUCAUGUGGUCCAGUUUCCCCUGCUCCUGACAAACAUUAGCCACACCGAAAGGCUUCACCAGACGACAGCAGGACUGUACCAGUCGGAUGGUUUUAUCGGAGGUGUGCCCAGGGCCGUGCCAAGGCAUUUAGGGGCCCCAAACAACAUGGUUUAUUUUUGUCUUUAUUUAUUCAUGUGAAUUAUUCGUUGUAUUGUUGACUGUGUUUGUACCACUGCGUUGUUUUUUUUGUUUUUUUGUGGAUUUUAAGCUCCUCUAGUGACAAGAUGGCGCCUCUGCAACAGACGGGCUGCCGGUCUGCUGCUUUGUAUGUUUUGGAGUACGAGAGGGGGGACUCUAAACCUCAUAAAAUUGUGUUUUUAAGAUCUGAACUCCUAGCUUUGAAGGAAAGGAAGGCUGGAAUAAGACACAACAUUCCCAGGGAGUUGAGAAGAAGUUACAGAGGGACUCAUGCCGGUGUGAAGUGUAAGGCGAGAGCUAUCGCUAAAAAAGAACGGAAGCGGCGCUAUAAACCAUCAGUCCCAUCUGUGAUUAUGGGAAAUGUAAAUGCCUUAACAAACAAGGCAGAUGAACUUUCUGCGCUGGUCAGAUGCCAAAGGAUUUACCGGGAGUGCUGUCUGAUUAUGCUGACAGAGACAUGGUUAACCAACAGCAUACCUGAUGCUAAUGUGAAGCUAACCGGCUUUUCCUUGGUGCGCGCUGACAGAGACACUGUGGCGUGUGGGAAAAGUAAAGGGGGAGGCCUCAUAUUGUAUAUUAACAAUAGGUGGUGUAACCCUGGACACUUUACCAUAAAAAAGAUACUAUGCUGCAGAGACUAUGAGCUGUUAGCCGUUAGCAUCCGGCCAUACUACUUACCUCAGGAGUUUACGCACAUCCUGGCUGUCUGUGUUUAAAUUCCACCGAGAGCGAAGAUGGAAACAGCGGUGGAGGCAGUGGUCGGUGCAGUUGCAGAGCUUCAAUCGCGGCAUCCAGAGGCACUGGUGGUCAUCUCAGGGGACUUUAAUCAUGUCACCCUGGAUUCCUCGCUGCCAGCAAUGCAUCAGUAUGUGGACUGUCCCACACGCGGUGACAAUAUUAUUGAUUUGUUGUAUGUUAACGUUAAAGAUGCCUAUCAGGCUACGCCCCUCCCUCCUCUCGGCAAAUCGGAUCACAUCUUGAUUUCCCUACAGCCACAUAUACACCUCUUGUGAAGAGGCAACCAGUAACAACACGGGCUGUGAGGAGGUGGACACCGGAGGUGGAGGAAAAGCUCAGGGACUGUUUUGACAGCACUGACUGGUGCACGCUGUUAGAACAGUAUGGAGAGGACAUUGAAGGAGCUACUCAGUGUCGGAUUAUGUGAGUUUCUGUAUGGACAUCGUUGUGCCCACCAAAACAGUGAACUCUUUUGCAAAUAAUAAACCCUGGAUCACAGGGGAGGUGAAGGGGGUUUUGAACAAGAAAAAGAGAGCGUUCAAAACAAAGGAUAAGGAGGAGAUGAAAAGGGUGCAGAAGGAGGUGAAGGCCUGUUUAAAGACAGCUAAAAUGAGCUACAAGAAGAAGGCUGAGGGGAAACUGAGAGAAAACAACAUCAGAGAAGUGUGGGAAGGAAUGAAAACAAUAACAGGGUGCAAAAAGGUGGCUGGGUUGGUUGGGGAGAGAGUAGAGAGAGCUGAUGAACUGAACGCAUUUUUCAACAGGUUCAGUGAUGCCCCUGUUCUCCCUGUUUCCAAUGUUGGUACUGGCCAGCCCAUCACUGUGUCCUCCCCACGACCAGUUCUCACAUCCCUUCCUAUGGGGGGUCCAGAGGCUGCUGGAGUCCCUCCAUUGAGUUAUGGUAAGGGACAGAUAUCCCCCACUACUCCUUCCGUCAUGGGGAAUAACUGCCCUCCACCUACUUCACACGCCCCCUCCCGUUCAGCUCUCCUUUAUAUCACAGAACAUCAGGUGAGGAGGGAGCUGCAGAGGUUAAACAUCAGGAAAGCAGCCGGUCCAGAUAAUGUGUGUCCCAGGCUGCUGAGAGCUUGUGCAAACGAGCUUGGGAAUCCUCUCCAGUAUCUCUUUAACCUGAGCCUGCAGCUGGGACGUGUCCCCUCCCUCUGGAAAACAUCUUGUAUUGUCCCACUACCUAAGGUCAGGCAUUCCAGGGACAAUAAUGAUUAUCGCCCUGUAGCACUGACCUCUCAUAUAAUGAAGACCUUGGAGAGGUUAGUGCUGCAGUUGCUGAAGCCACAGGUACAGCAUGUCCAAGAUCCU